ACAAUGCAUGAUUUGUAGAACAUAUCAUCCCCAUCCUCAGCAUUCAUUCAUAGCCUCGGCCUAGCUAUCUUAGAGAUCUUAGUCUAAACCAUCCCAUCCUCAACAUUAUUUCACAACCAUGGCCUAGCUACAUAUAAUCUCGAGAGUUUUUAGUCCAAAUCAUCCCCCAUAUCCUGAAAAAGAAUUCACAACCAUGGCCUAGCUACUAUAAUGUCCAUGAGUUUCUAGUUUUUAGUUAGUAUAUUGUUAAUUUUUUGGAGAGUUUGCUGUGUUUGAUCAAGGAGAUCAAGGAGGACGGCCAUGGAACUGGACAUGUAUAACAUGGUGGUGCAGGCGGACGGCAGCGUCACAUACCAGCUGACCGACCCAACAACGUGGGGCGCGUGGGCACACGAUGGGCAUCGGCUGUGGGCGUCCAUGUCGGAGGAUUUCUGGCUGUACGAGUACAAGGUGCGACGGUGCCCGCAGCCGUACAGUCAUGACUGGACGGCGUGCCCCUAUGCGCACAAGGGCGAGCGUGCUCGCCGCCGUGACCCGCGCCGCUUCAACUACGUCGCCGUCUCCUGCCCGGAGUAUCGCGCCAAUGCGCACGCGCACGCGCAGCUCGGGCUCGCCGCCGCCGGUCACCCGCCGCCGACCUGCGCGCGCGGGCUCAGGUGCCGCUACGCGCACGGCGUCUUCGAGUUGUGGCUGCACCCGUCCCGGUUCCGCACGCGCAAGUGCGAGGCAGGCACGCGCUGCCAACGUCGGAUCUGCUUCUUCGCGCACUUCACCCACGAGCUCAGGGGCGAGGACCCGGUCGCCGCCUUCGCUGCCACCGCAGUGCCGCCUUCGACCUUGGCCAUGCUGCGGACGCCGCCCCGCAUCUUCCAACGCACUCCAUCCACUCCUGUGACGCGUCCGCAGGUUGUUUCAACUCCACAGCUGUUCGAUGACCUCACCCUACAGGCCACUCCAAACAGGCUUCGCAUGCUGAGCCUAUACUCUGCCAUCACCGGGGACGAUGUUUUCUCCUCCCCCGUCGCCACCGCCUCCGCCGUCGCCACUGCUGCCACCACCAUGCCGACCCUCAGGGCGCCCUUACCGGCAAACGAGGACGGGCAUGAGGAGGACUCUAAAUCCGUGCACUACGCGGAUGACGAAGACUCCCUGCUGAACGACUACCCGCACCGAGAUCUCAUCAUGGACUUUAUGCGCUAGGUAUCCGAGGGCGCCAAGUGCGGUGGUCGGUCCUCAAGAACAUGCCUAUAUGUGUAUAGCAUUCCUGGUCAUAAAUAAGUGUCGUCUCUAUGGGAGAUAUAUAGUAUCUAAUGGAGAUGUACAAUGUCAUUGCCAAUUAUUGUAUUGUUAUGUUGUUGUUUUAUCU